CAAACACUCAAUAGAAAAGGUGACAUAUCUCAUAAACAACAAUCCUCAUCACAACGAGAAAAUUAUAACCACGUCUUUAACUAAUAAUAAAUUCUAAAUGCUAAAAAACUUGAGAAGCAAAAACAAAAUUAACAUAUUGGUAUUGUUGGUGUUGUAUGAUUAAAUCAAAACAAAAACAACAAAUUAAGGGGCAAAGUAGCAUCAUUCAGGUUCAGUCAAACAACUCACUAGGUACGUAAUUAUAAUAAUUAAACCUUAAUAGCAUACUUUCUUAAAGGGAAAUACAUUUCUCUCUUCGAUCAUUAGCCUUUCGGUCUUUAGAGAUGCCUGGUGCUUAGUGAGACAUCUGCGGAUGGCUCUGGUCUUCUUAGGAUGUAGAAUGAGGGGCAAGUUCUUCUUGUUCUUGUAAGCUAUCCUUGGUGCCGCUUUCCGCGUCUGGGAAAUCACAGUCAACAGUUAAGCAAUUGACAUCCUCACCACGUUAAUCUUGGAGAGCUUGUUGAUGACGUCGUCAGUGCCCUUAGUGACUCGAAGUGAAGCGAGCUCCGUCUUCAGAUCCUUCAACUAAGCCAAAAGGUCACCUUCGUCUUCUUCCCCAGCUCAUGUACCUUGAUCCUCGCCAUGCCUCCUCCUCGACAUUAGUCCAAACAAAAACAUCUAACAAAUCAAGCCACACGAAGGCAUCACAAUAGCAAAGGCUAUGCCCAGUGCAUCAAAAGUGAGAGUAAGACAUGAGCAUCAAAACACGUCACUUCUGGUUGUUAGUAGUCAUGAGCAUCAAAAUGGUUGGAAACUUAGAAUUGUGCAUUUUCCUAAGGAUGUACAGUGGGUAUUUAAGAGUUGACAAAAUAAACAUUCCCUAAUACUAUCGUAUCUCCUAAAGAUGCAUGGGAUUCUCUCAAUAAGACCUUCUCCCUUUUUAACUUUAGAAUGGGGGAACUGGGUUGUGAAACUCAAUCUCCAUCAUCAAAGACGAUGAAAUUACUAUUCAUAAAGCAGGAUAAAUUAAUUCUGCCUAUCACAGGGAAUAGGCAAACAAAUUAAUUCUGCCCUCACAUAAGUUACUGUAAGGGGUGUUUGGAACUGAUUCUUUUUUAAAACAGAAGCAGAAUCAGAAUCAAUUUUCAGAAGCUGACACCUCUCAGCUUCUAAAAAACUGAUUCUAAGAGUAAAUUAGAGCACCAGAAGUGCUUCUGCAAUUUCACCCAAAUACUCUAGCUACUGCUUCUGCUCCUUGAAGGAGCAUAAUCAAUUUUGAGAAUCAGAUCCAAACACCCCCUAAAUGUCAUUCUAACAAAUUUACAAACACUUGGUAAAAGACUUAUUUUUUCCUUUUCAUAUUCCCUCAUGAUUCUCACAUUUCCAUGCACACAUAUAAGGGUUUAUAGCUUGGUGCUUUCCUAAUCCUAGAAGCUCUUCUCUAAGUAAUCAGGAUGCUCUAAUGGCCUUUAAUUAUAAUAAUUAUUAUCAGUUCCAAGAAACAUGAAAUUUAUGAAGACUUGCAAAAUAUGACGAAAAAAGAAUAUAAAAAAUCAUUACAAAGUAAUACAAACCAUAUCCCAUAUUUGAAGGUUUGUUAUCUCUCCCAGCCCUAUCAAAAUGUUGAUAAAAUGGUCUAAAGGCUGGGAUUUCCUAGUAGUGUUAUGAAAAUGUCUCGCUUAGAGUGGCUGGCAAACUCAAAGAGUUUUGAUUCAAUUUAUUAUUAUUUGUACCAAGAAACAAAAUAUAUUUAUAACAAAAAAUAUAGAAACAAGGUAUUGCUAUAUCAUAGACCUAAAGCAAGGUUUGGGAGAAUUUCUCUCUCCAGGUUCACGUAAACCUGGAUGCCAAUUUUGUGAAGAACUUCAACAUAGCUUAGAUUAACAUCCUACUCCGUAUUAGAUUUCUGGCGUUCACUAAAUUCAUUUUUCCACCCUCCCCAAUGGGGAGAGGAAGGGGGAACUUUAGUAUGUCUACUAAAUCUUAUGAGCAGAGGAAAGAAAUGGUACCUAGAUCCUCUUCGGCCAAGAUUGUCCGGCCAAGCGGAAAAGAAGUAGUAGUGGUGGAGAAUAAUCUCAGCAACCCUUCGGAAAUGAUAGGAGGUACCAAAAACCAAAAGGAGACUGAACUUAUGCUGAGCGAUAACGUACCAGAGUCUAGUGACAAAGAAGCGGGUAAAACAUCAGAUGCACGCCAACUGUUUGAUCUAAAUGGUGAACCAGAAAAUGAAAAGCAGAACAAAAAAUCUUGGGCAGGACUUUUCAAGGAUAAUCGUAGCCCCGCAAAAGGCAUGAAACUAAGAUUCAUUCCCACGGAGGGGGAUUGUGUGGAUAUGAGCAUUGGGGAGCCACUUAAUAUGAUAGAAGUAUGGGGGUAUUGCUUGGUGGGGUUCUUCACAGGUAUGUUUCCGGGGUUUAGAGCUGUUCACAAGCUGAUGGAAGAUUGGGGUGUGAGGUGUAAGCUGCUACCGCACUAUAAAGGGUGGUUAGUAUUUCAAUUCAAAACUGAAGAGGAUAGAACCAAAGUCUUAUUAAAUGGUCCCUAUGAUGUCCUCGGAAGAAUGCUUAUGCUUAAGGAACUAUCAGAGGAUUUCUCUUUUGAGGAUGAAGAAUUUUUAAAGGUUCCUAUUUGGAUUAAAUUUCCCAGAUUCCCAAUGGAAUGUUGGAAUGAGGAAAAAAUAAGCCUAGUAGCUUCUAAGGUUGGGUUACCUAUCUACACAGAUGGAGUGACGAACGAAAAAACAAAAUUAGACUAUGCUAGAGGUCUUAUUGAAGUUGAUGUAUCAAAACCACCCCCUGUAAGUGUGAGAUUGAGGUUAAGGUCAAGGAGGUAUUUCACUCAAUAUGUGGUGUACGAAACCUUCCCAAAUUAUUGUUUUCAUUGUAAAAAGUUUGGCCACCACCCGUUCACCUAUAAAGUUCUACAUAAUCUGGAAAGAGAACAAAGAGAGGAGGAGCAAAGGAACAAAGAACUGUAUGUACAAGUCAUACCAAGAGAUGACAUGGAAUCAGAAGUCAUUAAAGAAAGUGAGGAACAUAGAGAAGAGGACCAAAGGAACAAAGAACCAUUUGCACAAGUACUACCAGGAAAUGAUAUGGAAUCGGGAAUCCUUAAAGGAUAUGAGGAACACAAGGAUGUUGAGGGUACAAAAAAAGUUGUCUGUAAACCUUCUAUUGAACCGCUUGACUGCAGUGUGGGUCAGUGUGCUGUUACAGAAACAGGGGAGCACAAAUAUGGGAAAGAACAGGAGAAAAAUGCAGAAUUGAUGAUAAAUCUCACAGAUAAGGAAAAGUUGUCUACUAGGGUCACGGAGAGAGACAAAUCAUCACCUAAAAACAGAAACAUGCAGCAACAUGGUCAAAUAGCUAAUCAGUCUAGAAAUAAACAUGAUGGAGUCACAACCGUUAAUGUGUUGAAAUCUGAUGGGGUAAUAAAAGCAAGGACUGCUCUUGAGAAAACUGGUAAAGAAGAUAACGUUGGGGGAGGUGGGAUUACCCGAGCUUGUGUUAAAUGAAGCUCCUCUUGUGGAAUAUUAGAGGUCUUAAUAAGACCUCAAAACAUUGUACUAUUACGAAUUAUGUACAGAAACAUGAUAUUUCUUUUUGUUGCUUAUUAGAAACUAAAUUGAAGGAUGUUCAGAAGCUUGAGUUUUUUGCAAGUACCAAAUUGAAAGGAUGGAGGUCGGGGAAUAAUUUUGAUAAAAUACAAGGAGGAAGGAUUGUUAUUGUUUGGGAUCCUGCCAGGGUUAGGUGUGAAAUAUUGGAGGUCGGAGCUCAAUUUAUGCACUGUAAGGCCAUUGUCUGAUCACACAACUGUCUUUUGUUGCUACCGUUGUGUAUGCUUUAUAUUCGGUGGGGGAAAGAAGACAAUUAUGGGAUCACAUCACUCACCUUAGCCAAAAUGUGUGCAUUCCAUGGGUAAUCCUUGGUGAUUUUAAUUGCGUGUGCUACCCUAAGGAGAGAAUGGGAAGCAAGGAACCAUCUGAUUACAUUGUUAGAGACUUGCUGAAUUGUAGAAAUCUGCUCAAUCUGGAAGAUGCUCCUUCAACUGGGGUUGACUAUACAUGGAAUAGGGGUAAUAGAUGGGCAAAGCUAGACAGGGUCCUGGUGAACCAAUAUUGCAAAAAAAUAAUGGGAUUAAUUGUGUGGAUGAGUUUCAAGACUUUGAUAUCAUUUCCGAUCAUUGCCCAUUAGUAGUAUCUUUGCAACAGAAUGAAAGAGGUCACAGACCUUAUAAAUUCUGCAACAUGUGGAUGCUACAUCCAAAAUUUAAGGAAAUUGUGGGUAAAAUCUGGAAGAAUUGGGUGGAUGGAUGAUAGGGUGAAUUUCCUAUUAUGUAUGUUUGUAUUUUUAACUAGUUUUAUUAGUUCUAGUUGUAGAAAUUACACACUUUUGGUGUAAUACUUUAUUUUCAUUAAUUAUUUGUAAUUUAUUUAGAUUAGGAUUAUAUUGAGCUUAGGACAGGUCAAAAUCAUCCCAAGAAUCAAAGGAUGGAUCCUAAAGAUCAAAGAAUGUGCAAAAAGGAGAAGAUCAAAUGAAGAUUUUGAAAUUUGUUCAAUACUCGGUCGAGUAUUGCCAAUACUCGGUCGAGUAUUGGCCUGAUAUGCUGGUCAAAAUCAAAUCUGGGAGCAAAAGAGCGUGGCUGAAUAUUUGAUGAAAAUCCUGUCGCAUACUCGGUCGAGUAUUGGCAAUACUCGGUCGAGUAUGCCUAUUUUUCACAAUUUCCUGGAAAUUUCCUCUCAUACUCGGUCGAGUAUUGCCAUAUACUGGAUCGAGUAUCGAACCCUGCCACCUCUAUUUUGCUAUAAAUACACCCAUUUUCCUUCACAUUAGAGAACCA